CGGCGAGCCUCGAACCAGAGUAAAAGUGAAGCAGAGACGGCGGUGCGAUGGUGGAGAACGAAGGGGACGAAGGAGGUGAGCUUGCACAGCUUUGUGGUUCCCACAUAAAGAAGAGAGCUCUCAGGAACAAAGCUCUUUCAGUGUCUUUCAAUGAGAAAGACUUGCGUGACUAUGUAACUGGAUUUCAUAAGAGGAAGAAGAAGAGGAGAAAGGAAGCAGAGAAGCAGCAAGAGGAAGCGCAUCAAAUUACGCAAAAAGGUUUUAAAAAAAAAAAGGAAGAAAAAGAGCUGGUGCUAUAUGGUGGUGUUCUACCAGCUGAUUGGCCGGUUGACAAGCAGAAUGAUGAUCAUGAGGAUGAGGACGAGGAAGAGAAGUCAUUUGCCCCAAUUUCUGAGAUGACGACGUAUGACAGUGGUAACAUUAAAGUCACGGUGACAACUAGUGAGGUAUCUCGUGAUGAAAAAAUAUAUCCCAUUGACAAGCCACAGACAACAACAAGCCAAUUGGUUUCAAAGGAUAAGAAGCACAAUCUGCCAAUUACCAAGAAGAAGCCAUUAAAUAAAGUUGCAAAACAGAAGUCAAGGCUGAAGCCCCGAAGUAAACGAGAGAAAAAGAAGGGAAGAAGAAAGAAAUAGUGUGGUUGGAUACAUAUAUGGAUCCGGAUCCGGUCCCAGAGGUGGAGGUGGAGCCAGGAUCUGAAAAUGGUGACUUGUAUGUUUCUGCAACUUCGGCUUGGGCCUUGGUUCUGGUUGAUGCUUUCUUCCGUCGGCCGUGUCUAGGAAUGUCUGGCACGGUGGGCUCGCCUCGUCGGGUGCGGUGUUUUUGAUCGGAACAGCGUCUUGGCUUGGUGGUUGGAGACGGAGACUGCAGGGAGUCCACUGGAGCAGCGGCAUUUCCAGUUGAACUUGAGGAUUGGCGUGAUUUCACAGAAACCUCCUUCUCUUUCACCUUCACCUUCACAUGAUCUCCAGGGGCAGGAAGACACAAAGGGGCAGAUGAAGAAAACGAUGGUGGCGUUUUAAAUUCAUUCAUCUGCAUGCCCAUCCAAAAAUUAGUCACCAAUUCCAAUUCCAAUUCCAAUUCCAAUUACACAACUCUCUCUCUCUCUUACCAACAAAAAUCUUACCCAGCUUGGAGAAUUGAUUGAAGGACCGUCCCAACCAAUAUGGGCAACAUGCUUUACAUCCGUCGGAAGCCCAAUUUGCAUCUCCGCCUGUUUCUCAUUUUCUGUAAAAGCCAACAAUCUCAAGUAUUGGCAUUCUGCUUUCUAAUUUGCUAACAUCCCAUCCUACAUAACACUCUUAUUGACAAAACAAAAAAUAAAUUAGAUAUAUAAAACAAAAAUUAUAUUGUCAA